CCCUGUCAACCCUUUAAUCACUUCCCUUUGCCCUCUCGCUGCGAAACCCUGGCGUGUGCUCUCCCAUCGAAUUGCUUGAAUCUGCACUAACAUACAUGACGCAUGCAAACAAAGUGACACCUCUUUACCGCACGUAAACAACGUGAGAGCGAGGAGCCGUGGAUGGUAGGGAUGAGGAUUGGCAAAAAGAUGACGGGGCAUUGAACAGCAUAUCACAAUCGUAUCCUGGCUAGACUUGUACGCAAUCGAAUUGCGAGGCAGGAGCGGAUCCGAAUGAUGUAUAGGACGGAAGACUUCUAUAACCUGGAAUAUGGUAAUAUUGAACUUUAGUCGGAGAUUACAUUACGCUUACAAUGCUGUUGAUUGAACUGUCAAAAGAACAUCGUACUCAGAUUUGGUAACCUCCCGACGAGCUUCACCGGGCUUGUUGUCAGAGUCAACGCAUCAGCUGCCUUGAGAUAAGAAAUUUCUCCAGUGUCACCGAUCAAUUACAGCAAGAAGGAUGACACGGGAUCGACUGUAGGAAUCUCUUUCGUAAGAGCAAAGUGUCACAAAUAUCCGAGAUAAGUAGCAAAAAACAGCACUUUCACCUUUGAAGAGGAACACCUGAAGCAUAACUGCGGUUGUCCAAACCAACCAACGAGUAGAAGCUUCCAUUCACUUGUAACACUUUCUGAAAGACCACGUCUUUCACCAUGGACAACAAGUCCAGUUUGGAACGACACUUAUCAGAUAACGUCGUCCUGGGCGAGUAUGUGAUAGACAGAAGAACGAGGAAAGGCGAUCCUGGAUACUAGUUUUUUCUAUUUUAUACUUUCUUCUCGUAUUUUUUUCCGCUUCUAUCUCACCAUCUUCUAUUUCAUGCAGUUGGUCACCGAAGUCGGGCGAAUCCUUUGUUGUUUUUUUUUUUUUUUUUAUCUUACUUCUGAUACCAAUGUUGAGUAGAUAUUGUAAGCCCUGUGUGCAUGUGUGUGUGUAGUGCUGAAUACAGUGAGGUACACCAGUGUUUGUUAGUAGGUUCGAUAUUGGGUCACCUCGGACUUACUUGAACUAGUCUCUUGCAUUCAUUGUUGAAUUUUGAAUUUUGAGGUGGAAAUCGUCGUGUUGGAGCCUCUCCAUCUUCGCUUUGGGACGACCCUAGAAUCAGUCAAAUUGGAGUUAGAAUGAAACUUUUUGACAACAAUUGAAGUGGUAAACUGGCCCUUCGCACCUUAGAUUAUCCAACCAACUUAUGAGAGAAGCAAUGAUGAACUGUGAAAUAUUGGAUUGCUACAAAUACUGGUGUUGUUAAACUUCAGCAACAAGCGAAGGAUUGUUCCAGCAGUUGGUGUCGCAGUCUAAGGGUUUCAAGCAAUCCUUACAGCUUCGCCCCUUGCGUCCCUUUGUAUACUUCCUUUCGCCCUCUUGCAGUAAAACCCUCGCUGUAGUGUCCUGUCUUCUCGCUUCAAAUUGCUCAAAUCUGCGCUAAAAUACAUGACGCUGUGACAUCUUUGUGCCGCAUGCAAACAACGUGAGAGCGAGGAGCCGUGGAUGGUAGGUAGUGAUGUGGAUUUGUUUUUGGUUCCUAGAUUGUUAUGAUGAUUUUCUGUGUGUUUCGAGUAUGGUGCUCGAGGUGAUGAUCGGAAGCCACACAAUAGGGUUGAUCAUAAGCUCAUGUUUGGUGUAUCCAAUGCAAGCCAGUGAACUAUUGAGAGGUUUUGGGUUUUUUAAGAAGAUUGAAUAUUGUAAAUAUUGGCAAGAAGAUGCGUUGAACAACAUAUUACAAUUGUAUCUUGGCUAGGCUUCUGUGCCAUCGGAUUGUGAGAUAGGAGUGCUUUAAAGGACGGAAGAGAUCUUCAAGUUGGAGUAUGAGUUGUACUCAAAGCAAGAGAAGUUGAUAUUGGAGAUGUGCUUAUUGAAUGCUAUAAUUACAAUCAAGAAAUGGAGGUGUUAUUGAAGACAAAAGUUGUAUUAAAUAAAAAACAAUAUGCAAAUAUUUGCCAACCACUUGGCAGUGUUAUCAAAGUAUUUGAAGACUUGAGAGCUUGUUGCAAUGGAAGGAGUGAAUAUAAAAUUCUAUUUUAGAAAUUUCAGUAUAUGACAUUAAGGAUAUACAAGUUGAUAAAAGCUUGUGCACAAGAACAAUGGUGUGAAGCAAGUAUCUUUCAAAUGGAAAACAAAGAAAUGUUUAGAGAGUUAUUAUGGGACUUGAAGACUUGUUAUGAUGUGGGAAUUAAUCUAUUAUCAAAGAAGUGUCCAAAAAAGAUAUUAUACUUGUAUUGUUUGAUGUUUCAACUCGUGAAGAAGUUAAAUAUGAUGGUGAAGAACUUUUCAAAUGAUUGGACCAUAGAAGUAAAGAUGUUCAAUUUAAAGAUUGUGAAUUAGUAAAGUAUCUAUCAACAAGAUUGAGGAACUUGUGGCGUGUAGAUGGUGGAGAGAUGGAUUUUUUGGAAGUAUCAAGUAAUAUCAAAAGUUUAGAGCUUGGGAGAAACAUAAAUAAAGGUUUAUUUGGAGAAGUUUAUGAAUCAAAGUCGUUUGGACUUGCAACUGCAACAAAAAUAAUGGAUGCUAGUUUGAAUAAUAUGUUCAUGAAAGAAAUGAGUAUCUUAGCUAUCACAAGCCAUCCAAACUUGAUCAAAUAUUAUUAUGCUGCUAAAAGUGAUACAAAUGAGAAUGAAGAGACUUCAAAGAUAAAUAAUUCAAGAGAAAACGUAUAUUUGGUGAUGGAAUUGAUGCAAACAAGUUUGAGCAACAUAUUGGAGGCAAAAAGAGCAAUGCCAUACUACUUUCAUAUUGAUGUUAUUUAUCAAAUUGUAAGUGGAAUGUGUUAUUUACAUGACAUGCAAAUUACACAUCAAGAUUUAAAGCUGGAGAAUGUACUACUUAAUGUUAUAGAUGGUGGUAAAUCUGGUAAUGGUUUACAUUAUGCUAUUGUGAAGUUGAUUGAUUUUGGUUGUUCAAAGAUCAAUGUGGGUAGGAAUCAAAAAGUUAAAGAAAAUAAAUACAUAUAUGGGACUUUAAGAUACACAGCUCUAGAGAUAUUGAAAAGUACAAUGGAAUCAACAAAGAUGUGUGCUUUUGAAGCAGAUGUGUAUUCUUUUGCAAUGACAUAUUCUAAGAUUCUUUCAGGUGAAGAUCCAUUUGAUGGUAUCAACACUAUAAAAGAAUUAUUGAAAAAGAUUGAGAAAGGUGAAAGACCAAAGUUGCCUUCAAAUUGUGAUGAUUUGAGUAAAUUGAUUGAAGAAUGUUGGACUUUGAAUCCUUCUAGAAGACCAAGUUUUGGGGACAUUUGUAAGAGACUCACAACAUUGAAGAAAAAAUACUUGGUCGGAAUUGAUGUAGCCAAAACACCUCAUUUUGGAGCAUUUAAGAAAGAAGAUCAUGAAAGGAGUAAAUCAAAGGAUGUUCAUAUUGGUGAUACAUUGAUAAGUUUUAUAUUCGAGAUUUGGUGUGAUAUGAACCUUGCAUUGGUUUGUUUGAUUUCAAGAUCUACACAUUCAAAUAUGUGUAAAUUAAUUUAAUGAAGUUGUUUUGUCAAAAUAUGAAUAUGUGGUUAGAUUAUUUAUUUAGAGACUAUGGCAUGAAUUGUAUAUUUUGUUAACAUCUUGAUUUGAUUAUUUGCACAAGUACAUGAUUGUAAAGAUAAUGUAAUAGGUAUAGAACAACGUUUGUCAAACAUCAAACAUCUAUGCAAGAAUGGAAUAAAUGCAUUGUGUUUUGUUGGUA